AUGGGUGUUGAUGAUGUUGAAAAUUGUGAUAUUCUUGUUCCAGGUGCACAUUUACUUUCAAAGGAAUUUGAAACCCACCUCAAAAUACAUCUGGACACAGUCUUUGAUGAAUACAAAAUUUAUGAGGAUGCUGAUUUUACCUCCUUUACUUCAAAGACUGCCAAUAAUGAAUUGAAACUGAUCAUGGCACCAUUGAAACCAGCAUCAAUUCAGGUCAUGCACCCUCUCCUUUCUCAUGGUACCACUGAAACCAAACCACACCAACAUGUUACUGUGUCUCUGGUUUCAUUCUCAGAAUCAUCAAUGCAACCAGCUCAUCUUGGAACUGUCUGGUCCUAUGUUGAGGAAUGGCAUACACAUGUGCACAUGAUUAUGAUCUGCAAAUUUCAGUGUCUAUUUCAACUAGAAGAACACUUAUAUCAGGCAAAGGCUCUUGGAAGUGUAUGGAAUUCAAUUGAAAUAUCCAGUGAUGAAGAACUUGUUAUUGGCAAUGAGAGUUCUGAGAGUGAGGAUGACUUCAAUAACAAGAUACACAACUGUUCUAGCUCUGAACCUGACUUCAAGUCAUUGUCUCAAACACAUUCUCAGUCAUCUACUUCCAUGAGGUGA